AUGGCCGUGUCCGCAACCCGACGCUCCUUGGCCUCGCCUCGCCUCCUCCUCCUCCUCUCCCUCCUCCAGCUCGUCCUCGUCGCCCUCCUCGCGCAGCCCGCCGCCGCAGCGCCGCCCCCCCGCGAACCGCUGCAGGAACGCGGCGCCAGCGACGGCGGCGCCGUCUGGGCCACCCCCCACGACAGCUACUCGUCGUCGGUCGGCGUCCUCGGCUGCAAGAUCAACACCAACCGCGUCGCCUACUGGCCCGGCGCCGUCGACUGCACCAACCUCUGCAUCUCGCUGACCUACGAGGACCGCCAGCUGUACCUGCUGCGCAUCGACACCUCGGGCGGCGCCCACGACAUCAGCUACGAUGCCUGGAACUACCUCUACACGGGCCACUCGGCCACCGACAAGCCCGUCAGCGGCGGCGGCGUCCCCAUGCAGUACGAGACGGUCGAUCCCUCCAAGUGCAGCAAGCUCAUCCGCACCGACGGCGGCAAGCUGCCUCUCAGCGCCUCCAACAGCAUGAAUUUCCUCUCCUCCUGCCUCAACCAGACGGGCAGCUGGGUCGCCGACAACUACCUCCUCUACAACAUCGUCGACUCCGUCUGCGCCUGGGGCCGCGACGAGGAGUGCACCCUCGACUGGCCCAACGCCAACCAGCCCAAGUGCUCCCACCAGCUCGGCCUCACCGUCAAGUACACCGGCGCCCCCGUCUUCAACAUCCGCUACCCCACCGGCGACAAGGUCCGCGCCGUCUCCGACUCGUCCGCCCCCGACACCACGUCUCCCGACCAGGAUUCCGGCGCCGCCGCCGCCACCCAAUUUGCGCCCCUCCGCCAGCCCUCGUCCGUCAUGGUCAUGGUCCCCCCCGUAAUGGCCAUGGUCAGCAACGGCGGCUGGGCCCAGCCCGCCGCCUGGGCCCUCUUCGUCUGCGGCCUCGUCAUCGGCUGGCUGACCUGA